UGAUAUCAGUGGUUGGUGAUCGCCAAAAAGCAACAGUCAAAAUGAGCAACUGUGAGAGCAUCCUCAAGUACACAAGGUACGCCUUGCUAAUAGCUGGAGCAUUCGAUAUACAGAACGGAACAAAAAACUCAUCCUUUCUAUACAAGAUUUGGUCUUUCUUUUCGCUAGGCUACUACUUUCUGUUCGUCAUGUCGUUCCUUGUGGGCAUGAUAGAUUUACUGAUGGAUGACGUAGAUGUAGUAACAUUCAACGUCAAUAUGCAAACUUUCCUGUCCAGCUUCCUGUUACUGAUGAAAAUUGUGUUAUUCUGCACCAGAGGAAUCCGGGAUAUAAUGAAAGAAGUGUACCAGUAUGAGUACGACAUCACCCACGAUGACUUGGAGUGUACGCGAAUGUACAACAGAAAUUCCCGUUACAACUACAAGAUAUUCUUUUUAUAUUCCUUUCUGAUGUCCUGUACUGGCUGCUCGUUCAUGGUCGCCACUUUCAACGGGUGGAAGCUGAUGAAUGUGGAGAAUUCAACGGAAAGCAAGACGCUCAUCUACCAUGCUUGGUUCCCUUUCGAUAUUGGAAAUCCAACUUAUUUCAACGUUGCGUACUUUUUUCAAUUCCUGGUGGGCAUUUGGUUACCCUUGUUUGUAGUAAUGAUUGAUUCCCUGUUUAUUUCGAUGGUCGUCUUCGCUACUGCAAGAGUUGAAAUCUUGGGAUACAAGUUUGAACAUUUUGAGAUGUACAGUAAUGGAAGGAAUCAAUCAACAUUCCAUGGUCUGCGAAAUAUUGUUAUCGAACAUCAAAAUCUAAUAAGAUGCGUUGAAGAUAUCAAACAAUCCUUGAAAUGGUACUUAUUUGCAGAACUCUUGGUGAAAUCUUAUCACAUAACAGUUUCGCUUCUGAACGUGAUACACGCAACCAAUAAGGGAGAUAUUGUUUUCUACCUUUCCUGUGUCAUGGUGCUACUACUUCAAGUUAUGAUGGUUUACUAUAAUGCUAACGAGUUAUCAUUACAAAGCACAAAUUUGAGCCUGCAGAUAUUCAAAAGUAACUGGUACGACCAAUGUCCUGAAAUAGUGAGAAGUCUUUCGAUUGUGAUGGCCAGAGUGCAAAGACCACUUGUACUUAUCAUCGGCGAUUUUCGAGUAAUCGACAACGAACUGAUUGUGAACGUCAGUCUGAUAUCUGGAUUGUAGUACUGACUUUACUUUAAUAU